AUGUCUAUGUUCAAGCGCUUCGUUGAGCCUGGCCGUUUGGCACUGAUCACCUACGGACCUUGCACCGGGAAGCUUUGCACCAUCACUGACAUUGUGGACCAGAAGCGCGUCGUCGUGGACGGACCAGAGGAGCUCACCGGUGUGCGACGACACAUGAUGCCCAUCAAGCGCUUGAGCCUCACCGACUUCAGGUUUGCUGCAAAGAGAGGUAUCCGUGAGAAGGUGCUCAAGAAGAAGCUGGCAGAAAGUGAGAACAUCGACAAGUUCUGGGCGAGCUCUUGGGGCAAGAAGCUGAAGACACAGGAGGCCCGCAAGGGCAUGACUGACUUCGAGCGCUUCAAGGUCAAGUGCGCCAAGCAGAAGCGAGCUAAGGAAGUGAAGAAGGCUCUGAAAAAGUGCCAGAAUGGUGAUGGAGCGGAUGGAGGGGCUCCUUCUCAGUCGUCCAGGAGAGAAGGCCUGUCCUCACAGGAAGUGCAGCUUUCCACUGGUAGCCAGGUUGAUAGCCCUUGUUCGAACGAUGGGCGAGAGAACAUUCAAGGUUGCACCACGGCUAUCCGCGCCAGCAUGCAGCAAGUCCUGGACAGUUGGUGGACAUCUCGCGCUUGUCGACGGGAGAUGGAGGAAGCUUUGGAACGGCUUUCAUCCCUAGAGAGUGCCGUUCAGCAACUGUUAAGGCCCAGCGUGCCAGACGAGAAAAGCAGCUUGGAGGAGCUACGCGAAGAACUUCAGGUUGGAAAGACCAAGUCUGUGUCGUUAUCUCGGCGAUGGCUAGUUGAAACUUUUAUAGAGGCAAAUCCGGAAAGUGCUGUACCGCAUUCGCGCAGAAGCAGCGUGUCAGAAGCUGUUUCGGCCAUGUCAGGGACAGUCUCAUCUGGGAGGCUGGCUGAUGAGGACGCUUCCCUUUCAGUUGAAGCAAGGCUGACGAACGUCGACACUGAGGCUGCGCACUUGUUUGAGCACAUCGGAAUGUUGGAUUUCGACGCUGUGGCUUACGCCCAACUACCCGGAAUGAAGGGACACCUUUUGCAGGGACUUUUCAAGGCUGCGGUGAAGCAGCAGAGUCUUCUGGAGAAGGUGGAGCAGCAAGGAAACCUGGCCCAUUCCGAGGCAGAUUUCAACAAAGCGCUCUUCGCCUUCUUGGGCAAAAUGGAAGAGAUGUAUUCACCUCUGCUACCUUACCAUACAGCAAUCCAUGCUGCAGAUGUGAUGAUGACAAUGGAGUGGUUCCUUCGUGCACCGGCGCUGGCUGAACAGGUCUCAGAUCUUGACCACGUCAUGGUUCUCAUCUCCUGCGCAAUCCAUGAUGUUGGUCACCCGGGGAGGAACAACUUGUUCCACACCAAGACAAUGAGCCCAUUGGCCGUUACCUACAAUGACAAGAGCGUUCUAGAGAACAUGCACGUGGCAUCAGCCUUCCAAGCCAUGGUCAAGGACGCACGGUACAAUUGGCUCUCCCAAUUGCGGAGUAACUUUCUUCCAGAUGGUGCUCAGAAAUCUGUGAAUCUGCAGCAAUAUGUUCGGAGGGGAGUGAUUGACAUCGUCUUGUGCACGGAUAUGACCAAGCACAACCAGCACCAGAAGGCUCUCAACAACCGACUGGCCGCCAGGGACAAUCCAAGUCAGACAGAGGCAGUGGGAGAAGCCCUUGAGUUGCUGGAAGCCGUUGUGCAUGCUGCAGACAUCUCCAAUCCUUGUAAGCCCAAAGCCAUGAUGCUCUACUGGACGCAAAGGGUCGUUGAUGAGUUCUGGGCGCAAGGCGACGAAGAGAUGCGCUUGAAUAUUGAGGUCAGCCCAAUGUGCAGUCGGGCGGCUGGAGAAAACUCCAUUCCCAAGCAGCAACUAGGCUUCAUUGAUUUCGUCAUCGCUCCCUACUACACUCCUCUUGCUCAACUACUGCCAGAGGUUGAAGAGGCGACGAAGAACAUGGCGGAGAACCGCUCCUUUUGGGCGGCGAAGGAAGAAGAGCAGGUACACUACUCCGAUCUCUUCAAGGAGAACGUGGCAGUUGGUUUGCCACCCUUCACUUCGCCUGCCGCUCCCUGUGAGACUAGAUAUGGCGAGGCACAAGAUGCUGAAGAUACGGGAUUUUCUUGUCCAGUUUGCUUGGAAAAGGUCAAAAUGGAUGGAUCCAUUCAACUUGACUGCGAUCAUCGCUUUUGUGCGAAUUGUUUUUCAAGCUAUGUGUCUGGAAAGAUCAUGGACGGCCAGGUUGCGGCCGAUGAGCUAGUUUGUCCACUGCCGGACUGCAAAACGGAGAUCACUGUGGCUCAGGUAGAAGGCGCUGCAUCUUCUCCGGUUUGGGAGAAAUUCCUGCAGUUUCGCAUGGAUCUUUGGGAAUGCCGAGCAGACGGUCGAGUCAUUGAGUGUCCCACACAGAAGUGUGGCAAAUUCUUGGUGGAGCUGAACGUGGACAUCGCAACAUGCCCGCGAUGUGGGCAGGAAUUUUGCGGUCGCUGCGGAGAUCAGAAACAUGAAGGCAUAUCCUGUGACUCUCUCAAGGCCUGGCGUCAGCAAAAUGAUGCGGAAGAGAGCUUCGAGGAGCUCAUGGAGCAACAGCAGUGGAGACGGUGCCCUAGGUGCAGAGCUCCCUCUGAACGGGAAUCUGGGUGCAACUUUAUGCAGUGCAGGUCCAGCAUCUGCCGGAAACGGACCUAUUGGUGCUAUGUUUGCGGCAAGGAGCUCUCAAAGGAAGAGCACUAUGCGCAUUUUCCAAGGCCCUAG